AUGCAACCAAUCUUACACAAUGCGGAACACAGGAUACAGACGACUGGUCUUCCCGUGCAUUCACCUCCGCGGCGUUUACAUCCCGAUAAAUAUAAAAAUGCUAAGAUUGAGUUUCAGCAUCUGUUGGACUUAGGGAUAAUCCGUCCAUCAUCCAUCCCAUACGCUUCUCCUUUGCAUAUGGUGUCGAAAUCGGAAGCUGGAGCUUGGAGACCAUGCAGUGAUUUUCGGCGACUUAAUGCUCAAACAGUCCCGGACAAAUAUUCGAUCCCGCAUCUACAAGAUUUUGCAAUAACGUUACAAGGAGCGUCAAUUUUUACAAAGUUGGACUUCAGAAAGGCUUUUCAUCAAAUCCCUGUGGCAAAAGACAUCCACAAAACUGCUGUGACUACACCGUUCGGUUUAUUCGAGUUUACUAGAAUGCCCUUCGGUCUAAGAAAUGCAGCGCAGUCCUUCCAGCGACUUAUAGACGAAGUACUGCGUGGCUUGCAUUUCACAUUCGCCUAUAUUGACGAUGUUCUGAUUUCGAGUAGGAACAUCGAGGAAACACCGAUCACGUGGAACAGGUUUUCUGGUGAUUGA